GCGACGGUUUGAAAGAUGGCGGCGCACACGCAGAAGAACAACAAACCAGGCAAACCUGGCGGAAAAGAGGCACAGCCUCUGAUAAUCGCCAAAACCCCGGCGGAGGAACAGCGUCUGAAGUUGGAGAGGUUAAUGCGGAAUCCCGAUAAGCUUGCUCCCAUUCCCGACCGACCGAAAGAAUGGAACCCUCGGGCUCCUCCGGAGUUCGUCCGGGACGUGAUGGGAUCCAGCGCCGGUGCAGGCAGCGGGGAGUUCCACGUUUACCGACACCUCCGCCGCAGAGAGUACCAGAGGCAGGACUUUCUGGACAAGAUGGCAGAGAAACAAGUGAAGGACCUGGAAUACCUGGAUAAGGUGGAACAAAACAAGCAGGCUGCCGAUGAGAGAACGGCCAAACGCAGGAAGAAGCGGGAGAAGCUGAAGCAGAAAAAGCUGAGGGCGAAGAUGGCUAAACUAGAAACUAAGACAGACGGUGACGGUGACGGCGACAAGAGCUCGGACAGCAGUGAAGAAGAGGAGGAAAGAGAGGCCGAUGAUGAUGCUGAGGCUCCGAGCUUCAUCAUGGGGAAGAAAUGACUCUGGCUUGAAGUGAGGGCGAGAUAACAUCACGAAGCAAGGGAGGAGAAGGGCAGCAGAACAGCUUCAAAAAGCAAGAAAACAUUUGGAAUUUGUUCAAGAGUCCAUUACAAACAGAAGCAAAAUGACCCAUUGCAAAGACGACAAAACUUUGGACUGAGCAGACUGCCUAGUUUAAUAGGCAGAGUGUGUGAUUUUAGUCAGGCAGUGAUGGUCAGUGUCUCAGUGGGCAAGAAGACAUGUUGCGAAACUUCUGAUUCUUCAUAAAGUGUUUCAUAAGAUUUCCAUUUUCAGCUAUCAGUAGUAUUUAGAAGUUUCUUUAACUUGCUCAAAUAUAUGAUCAAAGUUUAAGCAUUUACACUUGAUCGGAUUUUUGCAAAGUUUGGAAUCUUCCAUAUUUUUGUUGUAAAUGUUUUAAUAAAAUAUUGAAUGUACAUACUA